GCACCAGAGUCUCAGCGGUAUCGUAUCUACUGGCCGCGCCCCAUGGCCCUAGAUGGCGCUGGCUCUGCCUGGCUCUGCGGGUUUUGCGCGGGCAGUUCACAUAAAGCCAGGGCCGGUGCAUCGGCUGGCCUGACAGCCCAGAUUCCGGCGCAAUGCUCCAAGCUGCCUAAAAGUGGCGCUUGCGGCUGGAAAGGUUUGCUUGCGGGCGUGGUGGCAGGCUCCCGCGCCCGCGGCCGAGAGGCCCGAGGGCUCGCGCAAGCCCGGGCGCAGCGGAAGCCGAAGGUGCUGCUGCCGCCGCUGGACGAAGGUGUUUGGAAACCCGAAGCCGUGGGCGAGGAGGAGCUGUCGAGCGCCGAGGUGAGCCGCGAGGAGCCUCAGCAGGUGGCCGAGGAGGUCUGGGGCGGCCGCAGCGUGCUGUUCACGCGCAGCUGGGCCGACGUCGUGGAGACCCGGAAGGCCCUGAACGCGCUGGCUAAGCGCCGCCUUGUGGGGGAGAGCUCCGCCGCCCUGCGGGAGCGGCGGAAGGUGCUGCGGGACUGCACCCGGCGGAUGUUCCUGCGGAGCAGCGGGGAAGGGCGGCUGCUGCUGAAGGGCGGCCCGGUCUUGGGCUACGUGCCGGUGCUCUAUGAGAGCUCUACGCUGACCCUCCGGGCCAACGACGCCACGGCGCUGCACGUGGCCUGGCAGUACUUCCUCAACGGCCUCAGCUACCCCUUCCUCAAGGGCAGGCUGCACCCCUUCUUCGGGGUCUACUUCACCCCCAGCCCCAUUGAGCACUUCCAGCUCCUGCAUCGCUGGCUGGAAGCAAAGGGCAAAGCCUUGGCGCGCCGGGCGCUGGAUCUGGGCACCGGCUGUGGGGUCGUCAGUUUCCUGCUGCGCGAGCUGCUGCCGGACUGCGAGAUCGUGGCCUCCGACCUGUGCCCCAACGCCUGCUUCUCGGUGACAGCGGAGCUGCUCCGCAGGAAGGCGCAGGGCAUCGAGGUGCGCCGCAGCGAUCUUUUCGAUGACCUGGAGGGCCCCUUUGACCUCAUCGUCUUCAACCCCCCCUGGGUCCCCCGACUUUCAGCGCACCCAAAGCCGGCCGCUGCGGGGGACGUGGUGGGCGGCAACGACUACCCGGCGGAGCUCUUCCCACGUCUCUUUGAGGAUGCGCCAAAAGUCCUGGCGCCAAACGGCCACCUGGUGAUCCUCUUCUCGAACUACGCUCUCUGCCGGGGGCUGGUGGAGGAGUCACCUCUCAGCGCCUUUGCCGAGUCCUCGCCCUGGCUGCGGCUGGAGGAGGUGAGGACCGCGCCGGUGGAGCAAAAGGCCCGGAGCCGCAGCCGCCAAACCCGGCGGGACAAGGCCUGGGGGCACAACGCCCACGAGGCGCCUGGGGGUGCAGCUCUGGGAUUUCGUGAAAAGAGUCGCCGCGCUAGGGAUGAGAAUGAGGAUGUCUCUAAUCGGGGCGGGCGGGAAGGCUCUUUGCUCUUGGUCACGGCGCCUGGGAGCCAUGCGCCACCCGUCAGCCCCGUCAGCGCGUCUGCCUACACGGGCUGCUGGCUCCGGAGCCCUCCGCGAUCAUUCGCACGGCUAGCCCACAAGGUGAUUGGGAAGCUUCGCCAAUCUCUGGCGAUAGAAGCGCCUAUGCUAGUGUUCCAGGCCGGGGAGCUGUGCUGCAAGCACUGGUUGGCAGUGCAAGUCGCCCGGCGCUGUGGCGUGGGUGUCAGCUCCACUUCCCUCCUGGGCGAGGAUGAGUUUCUGGAAUGGACGCAGCAGCGUAUGCUGGGAUGCCACGUGUGUACAUAG